AAAAACAAACAAAAAAAUCCACACGGCCCAAAAACACGAUUAAGAAACGGAAACUCGGGUGUACUCCACGUUCUAUAAAUCAAAACCUCCCUCGUCUUAAUCCUCCGCAUCACAUUCUCUCCAAGUCUCUCAUACCUAACCAACCAGUAACAACAAGAAGAAGAAAGAGAAAAUGGGCACAGCUACCUGCGUCGAUAUCAUUGUUGCCAUCCUCCUUCCACCUCUCGGCGUAUUCCUCAAAUUUGGCUGCAAAAUUGAGUUCUGGCUCUGUUUGGUGCUCACACUUUUUGGUUAUCUUCCUGGAAUUCUAUAUGCCAUCUAUGCUAUCACUAAGGAUCAAUCAUGAUCAUCUUCUAUGUGGAUCGUGAAUAGUUUUGAGGGGCGGCAUUGCUGUAUUUCAAGUUAGAUAUAUUGGUUUCGUGUAAAAGUUGAUCAGUGAUGAUUGACAAAAUUUAUUCUUCUUUUAUUUUAUAAUAAUAAUAAUAAUAGUUGUCAAUGGUCCUUGUUUUGCUGUUUUUAACGUGAAUUUUUUGUCUUAUGUGAAAAAUGAAAGUGUGAAGCUUGUGAACUAAAUGGUGAUCGAUUUGAACUACUAUACAUUAAUAGUACAGUUCGGCUCAA